GUUUUCAUUGUUCUUUUUCAUUUCUGAACAGUCCGUGACUUUCAGUUUCAUUGGUGGUUCCACUAUACUCUGCAAUCCUUAAAAGAAAACAAAGUUCUGGAUAUCAGUAAACACACUGAACAAAAUGCUGCAAAGUCUUCCAACUGUGCCUAUCAAGUACUUUUUGAUUUCACAUUUCAUCCUGGUUACAUGGGCAGCCCUUUACCUAUGGAUGGGAGAGUGCUACAUAUAUUCAAACUAUCUAGUACUGAUUGUGGGUCUUUGGGCAUUGAAGGAUAAGUCAUCUAAUGAGCCAAUGCAGUUUUUGUUAGGAAUACAUUUGUUCACAAUCUUGAAUGAUAUCAUACUACUUGGAAUGUAUUUUCCAAUUUUCAAUAAGGCCGGGAAUUCUGCCCGUUUCCAGUUUACUGCAGCAAUGGCCAUUAUUAAUCUGCUGUUGAAGCCAGUGAGUGGCAUAUUCAUUUUCAAAGAAUACCAGAUUAGAGGUGCCGGCGAAACAUCUUACGAGGAUCUUGGUGGCCCCGCAGGACCACCGAGUGGCAAGCAAGAAGUCGCUCCACCAUAUGCACCAUCCGGGGGCUACAUGCCACCUACCAGUGCAAACACUCCAUACAACCAAGGAAGUUACUGAGUGCAAAGACUGGCAUAUAUGGUUGUUUUUGCUACAAAGACAUUGAUCAAUAAAAUUUGAAGGGUUCCAGUGACAUUUGGGAGCUACAUUUAUUUUUUGUGGCGUUUAUGGCUAGAAUUUUGCAUUGGCACCCUAGGAUAGUACAAGAUAACAUGAUGAAUAAAUCAAACACAGCUUUUGGAUGCUCGUUCUCUAUUUACAUUAGUUUUCAACACUUCAUAAUAGUAAUAGUUUGCAAUGAUUAAUGCAAAUGGUUUUCAGCUAUCCCCUUUGAAAUAUCAAUGUGUCAAUAUUAUUUUGCACGUAUAAAAGCCUUAAGCCAAUUUCUAUUUUUCCAAAAUCGUUAUAGCUUUACAUUUGGUUGCACUGUUUGGUUAGUAGGCGAGAUUAAUGGAAUACAGACUGUUAUCAUGCUGAGCAUUUCAAGGUACUGCAAAAUACUCCACAGUUUUAUAUAACCCAACUUCCAGGGAUAUUAUAACCCAACUAGGAGAAUCCUUCGCAAUACCCUUCCCCCGUUCUUCAUCCUUUGACUCUCUGAGGCUCUGCCACCCAGGGUAGGGAUAUUAUUGCUUACCAAAUGUUACACAAUUUUCUCUACGAAUACCUAAUUUUUUGCUGAGCCUCGAUUGUCUUAAUUUUUUAUUUAAGCCUAAGAUUAUUCUUAACUUAUUCUUAAGCGACGCAAGGUCUAACUGAGUUGCAUUAUAGUGUCAAUGACUCCAAGGCUGGAUACGUCUAUUCUAAAACAAAUAGGGUGAAGCUGGCAUCUACUUUGCUUUUAAAAAAUCUCAAAUGAACAAAAAAUUCAAUCCUUGAUAAGGCUUGAGCCUUGUAUUUAUUCCCAAGUUUCAGCUGUUUUGAACCUUAAUUUUCUUAGAAACUAUACUCCCUAAUAGAAAGUGUGCAUAGAAAAGAGCGUUUUGACGUUUUGACGUUAUGAAGUGUUCUGGGCUACACCAACUCUUGACAACCACACAUAUCUAAAAAAAAUUAGUUUAGAAAAGUAAGAAAAUAAAUAGUUUUACACGGUUGUUACACACCACACUCUUCACGACUAAAAUUUGUGUUCAAUUUGAAAAAACGAUGUCUUUAUCAUUAGCUCAUUAGUGGCGAUAGCUGAAAAUCUGUAAAUCUAUUUACAUUAUGCUGGUGAAUUUUUCUAAAAUAUUUCAUGUGUGUUGUUUGUGCCUAUUCGAGUAUUUCACAAA